GCGACAUCUCUCGGUCACAAUCAGAAGGAAGUGACCCUCAUGAUACAACCACACCACACCUGCAGAAGCUCGGAAACAGUGUCUACCAUGCUGGAAAUUUCAAUUGUAAAGGUUGAAAGCCCGUCGUGCCUUUGGGGCCGAGUGGGUCGGGGCAGAGAAGCGGAUCAAUACGACGGUCUGCUGGCAGAGAUGAACCUGUUCUACCACGACGUGACCCUGGACCCUCGCAAGCUAAAGCCCACAUCGUUAGAGGAGGGGCAGGUGUGUGUGGUGUACUGGGCGGUGAUUAAGUCGUGGUGUCGGGUGCUGGUUGAGUCCAUCAUCACGGACUCAGUUUCCUGUCAGGCUCGAUGCCUCCUGGUGGACCACGGAGAGAGACUCGUCGUCCCCUCAGACCAGAUCCGGAUCGCGAUGCAGAAUUUCCUCCAGCUGCCUUUCUGGGUGAGGAGGUUUCACCUGGCGAAAAUCAAACCAACAACCCUGCGAGUUUCCGUCCACGAGAAGAAGGCGGGACUCAUUGCAUCCACUCAGUGGGACAGCUCUUCUACUCUCUACAUGCACAGCCUGCUGCAAGCUUCCACUCGGACUGAGGCCGUGUUGCUUGAAUCCGAGGCGGACUCCACCUCCAUAGAGCUCUACCUGACUGUAGGAAGCAUCAAGAUCUGUUUGAACGACGAUCUGGUGGCCAAGAAGUUUGCGUAUUACAGCAGAGAGUCAGGUGACAGCAGAGAGAUGAACGAGGAGGACCAGCUUCCUGUCAUGUUGCCCUCCAGCAUCUUAACCCAGACUGCCUCAAGCAAGCCGACUGCACACACCAAGUCUCCUACUGCUAUUUCUUCAGGUCUUACUACGCCUCAGGUCGGCAGCUCUGCUCACGGUGUUUCCGUCAGUCCUCUGGAUAACAUCCACGCAUCCUCAUCGCUGACCUCUCUGCUGCUUCAGAGCCAACAACAUGAGCUGCAGCCCCGUGAAGAAGGCAGCGGGUCAAAGGUCACAGAGAAAGGUCCGGACGCUGCUGCUGCUCCUGCAGAGAGUGACUCGUCGGAGGACACAGACUCGUCUCUGGCUGCAGCUCUGACCAAAAAUCUCAGUCUGUUCAAGUUCCUAAAGUUUCUGAAUCCUGGCAGCAUCUUCCAGCAGGCGUCUCCCACUGUGAGUGAGCAUGAAGAGCAAAAAGAAAGUCGACCUGAAGAGACGACUGCAGCCUCCUGCACAGAACAGGAAGUAUUAACCCCUUUAAACUGUGAGCCUGAGACUCUGCACACGCACGACUUGACCAGCAUGAGUGAGCAAAGUGGAGCUGAAGGUCUUUGUGAGAGCAGUCAGGUUGAAUGUAUUGAAGACGAAGGAACAAGCAGGUGGAGUAGAUCAGAGGAGAAAAGGUGGAGGAGUGAAACGGACUGGGCUUGUUCGCGCCUUUUGGAGUGGUUGAACCCUGAGCCUGUGAACCCUCAAUCUGACACGGCACAUGACGCGUUUGUUCCCAGUGAUCCCAGGAGGAGUGGGAUCCUGGUGCACUCCUUGUUCCCAGUGGAGCCCUGCAGCAGCCUGGACGACGCCCCCAUCACAGACUCUCUCCGCUGGGUUUUGAAGAAGAAGCAGGGCAGCGUUUUGACUCCAGCUCAGCGCUACAGCUGGCCCUCCGUGGCUCGAGGCUGCCACACCGUCAUCAUCUCGCCCAACGCAGAGCAGCCGAUCAGCUACAUCGCUCCGCUGCUCACACACAUGGUGCUCAACUCCAUCUACACCGCCGUCACCUCCAGCGCAGGGCCCAUGGCGGUGCUGCUGUGUCCGGGCUGGGAGAAAGUGAUGGUGAUGAUGGAGCUUCUGGAGGAGAUGAAGCUCAAAUCCGUUCUCCACCCCUACACUUUGCUGCUGGGCGUCGGGAAAGACGAGGCAAAGGCCGUCAGGAUCCCCAAAAACUGCCUGCUGCUGGUCACCACUCCCUUCAGUUUGGUGCGUCUGCUGUCCUGCCACUGUUUCCUGUUCCUGCGUCUUUACCACCUGGUGCUGGACGAGGCCGACCAGCUCUUCACUCUUGCUCCAGAUCAGAUGGCGACCAUUUUGCAGCAUUUCCAGAAAGUGACCUCCAGCGAAGAGAACACUUCCUGUCCGCAGCAGCUCAUCGCCGUGGCAAAGAGAUGGACCAAUCACAUUGAGGCUCUGUUAGCCAAUUACAUGCCGUACCCGUGCAUCGUCAUGGCGAUCCCCGAAGAGGCUGCUCUCUAUGGCAACGUUCAGCAGAUCAUCCUCAUGACUGUGGAGAACAAUAAGAUCUCGGUGCUGCUCGGUUCGUUGGAUUUCAACUCCGACGUCGGCCAGAAGACGCUGAUCGUAGCCAAAUCUGCUCAGGAGGUGGAGGACGUGUUCAAGGCCGUGGGCAGCAAGUCAGCGUUCUGCCUCAAAACCCACGAGGGGUUAACGCACCAGUUUGACUUCGUGGUCCAGCAGUGGAGGAAAGACAUCGGCCCCGGGACUCACGUUAUUCUGGUGACCUCCAGCGAGUGUCUGAAGUGUUUGGGGAUCAGAGACGCCACGUGUGUCGUCCACUACGGCUUCCCCACGUCCCCCAAAGUGUUCGGCAGCCGGCUCUUCUGUAUGGCCGAACACUUCAGGAACCUUUCAGACCGGGAUCAGACAGGAAGUCCUCGCCUCACCCGCUCGGUCUUGUUGAUUUCGGAGAGGAACGCCUGUCACGUGGUCGGGGUUCUGCGGUAUCUGGAACGCACCAACGCCCCGCUGCCCCCCGAGCUGCUGGACUUCGCUCGGGGCGUCAACACGGCCCGCGAGGAGCAGAAGACCCACCGACCUCUCUGUGGAUACAUCAAGAGCUUCGGAGUCUGCAGAGACAGCAGUGUGUGUCCCGAUCGUCACACCUUCGUCUCCGAGCUGGAUCAGUCUGUGCUUCCUGCCUCCGGAGUCAUAGAAGUGGUUCCUCUCUACAUUAAGACGGCGUCCGUGUUUUACGGCCAUAUCGUCAGGAAGGAGGACGGAGGUUUUCAGAACAUGGCGUCGGAGAUGAAGGAUUUCUACGCCGACAAGAAGCCCGGAGUGGAGGAGAUUCUGGAGGGAGGAUUAUUCGCUGUGCAGGAGGACAACUUCUACCACAGAGUGAAGAUCCUGUCCGUCCCCGACAGAGGAGACCGGUUGUUCUACGCGGUGUUUGUCCGAUUCAUCGAUGUGGGGAAGGAGCAGGAAGUGAAGUCCCAUCAGAUCCUGAAGCUCCCGGAGAGGUUUCACUCUCUGCCCGGCCAGGCCGUGGAGAUCAUCGUGUGCCGCGUCAAACCAGUGGACGCUGAGACCGACUGGCACCCAAAGGUCACCAGAGCGAUCAGCCAGAAGAUCCGAGGUCUUCAGCAUCGAGCCAGAGCCGUCUUCAGUCUGGGAAACACGGUGUUUGUUGAUCCCAUGGUCCAUAUGACGCAGGUUCCGGGUAUGAAAACUGUGAUCAAUGAGUACACCGUGCAGUCGGAGAUCCUGAGCUCAGGGAUGGCCGUCGGUAACCCCGAACAUCUGGAGCUGCUGAAGGCGCUGUGCAUCUCUGGGUCUGGAAAUGGUUCGGUGUCUCUGGAGGUCCGGAUCAAAGCGGAGGAGGAAGCUUUGGCUGAAGCCGUCAGAGCAGCCGAGCUCGCUGACCUCCCUCAACUCGUGCCCUGUGAGCCUCUCAGUCCAGAUUCUUCCACGAUCCAGUCCCUGGUCCCAGUAACACCAGUACCACCAGUAUUGGACCUCCACCUGGCUCCAGUGAGUGAUCAGAGACCCCUGAUGGUCAGCCAGUCAGCUGCUGGACAGAGAAACACACAUUCAGCUGAUCUGAGAAUAAGGAUCGAAGAUGGAGAACUUCACCCCAUGAUCAGCAAGUCUGUCCUAAUGGAGUGCAGGCAGAAUGGUGUGUCUACAGGUGAGGAUGAGAGCAGCAGCCAGCAGCUCAUCAGCAGUAAUGAGACACACUGUGGUGACGCCGUUAAAAGUUUCCACCCUCUGGCCCGCUGGUACCAGACGUCCGACUCAUUGAUCGUGACGAUGAAACUGAAGGAGCCGCAGAACCAGAGCUGCCUCUUCUUCCAGGACAGAGUCGUGUACAGUGGCAGAGUGAACGAGCGCACCUACAGAGCCGACCUGCAGCUUCACGCCAACAUCGCUCCGGACCGAUGCUGCUGGGAAAUGAAGUCCAACGAGCCGGUCCUCAAACUGUCCAAACAACAGCCGGGACACUGGGAGAAACUCCUCAGGAACAAGAAUAUCUUUGUGAGUUACGACGUGGAGCACAUUGUUUUUGAGAAUGAAGACAGAACCCCAAACGGUGUGCGUUUCCAGGAAAACAUGGGGGGGGACAACAACUGCUACGUGGUGUCAGAGAGCGGCAGUGAGAGCGACUAAAGAGGAUUCUUUCCAUGUGAUUUUGGAUUGUUGCAAACGAAUCUCGGUGUCAAAUGGUGGUCACAUGACUUCAUGCCACCACCGCUAAGCUCAAGGAAGCUAAUGUUGGGCUAUAAAGGAACUACAGCACGGUCACAUUGUUUUUCUACGUAGAAAGCGGUAUCGCCCCCCCCCCGACUCAGCGUAAGCACUAACACCGGCAUGAAAUUAUUCAGCAUUUUAUCAUUUCCUGUCCUCUGGUCUGAGAGUCAAUGGUUUCCUGAAUGUGUUUUUGGUUGUUAGCCUGAAACAAGGUCUGUGGUUAACACAAGCUGAAGAGAUGUUAACGUUUUGUUCUACGACAUAAAAUACGUCGUAGUUCCUUUAAAGCCCAACAUUAGCGGCCUUUAGCUUAGCGGUGGUGACGUGAAAAUGGACUAAAAGCCGAAUCAGAGUUAUUUUUCCUCUCUCUUCAUUUGACUGAUAUUGGCGAGACUGCGCAUCGGAGGCGGGGCUUAAAAUAUGGCGUGUUUUUAAAAGGACCCGUUUUUCCUUUGCUUUCUGUUAUCUUUUAUUUGAUGUUAUAAAAAAUAAAGUUUGUUGUUCAGUUAA